GGCCAGAGCAGGGACCCGGCCUGCCCAGCCAGCUGUGACAGCCCCAUGGCCCUGGCUGGCCACUGAGCCCCACCAUGGGCAGCCUGUACUCAGAGUACCUAAGCCCCAGCAAGGUCCUGGAACACUAUAAUUACACCAAGGAGACGCUGGACACUCAGGAGAGCACCUCCCGCUGGGUGGCGUUGGCCGUCAUCGUCCUCAUCUGCUUCACCAUCGUGGUGGAGAACCUGAUGGUGCUCAUUGCUGUCGCUCGCAACAGCAAGUUCCACUCGGCCAUGUACCUGUUCCUGGGCAACCUAGCCGCCUCGGACCUGCUGACGGGUGUGGCCUUUGUAGCCAAUACCUUGCUCUCAGGCCCCGUCACGCUGGGGCUGACCCCUUUGGAGUGGUUUGCCCGAGAGGGCUCCGCCUUCAUCACGCUUUCCGCCUCCGUCUUCAGCCUCCUGGCCAUCGCCAUUGAGCGGCACGUGGCCAUCGCCAAGGUCAAGCUCUACGGCAGCGACAAGAGCUGCCGCAUGCUGCUGCUCAUCGUGGCCUCGUGGCUCAUCUCGCUUGUUCUCGGAGGCCUGCCCAUCCUGGGCUGGAACUGCCUGGGCCAUCUCGAGGCCUGUUCCACCGUGCUGCCGCUUUAUACCAAGCACUAUGUGCUCUGCGUGGUGACCAUCUUCUCCGUCAUCUUACUGGCCAUCGUCGCUCUGUACGUCCGCAUCUACUGCGUGGUCCGCUCCAGCCACGUCGACGUGACCGGCCCACAGACGCUGGCCCUGCUCAAGACGGUCACCAUCGUGCUGGGUGUCUUCAUCGUCUGCUGGCUGCCUGCCUUUAGCAUCCUGCUCCUGGACUAUGCCUGUCCCGUCCGGUCCUGCCCCGUCCUCUACAAGGCCCACUACUUCUUUGCCUUUGCCACCCUGAACUCGCUGCUCAACCCCGUCAUCUACACGUGGCGCAGCCGGGACCUGCGGCGGGAGGUACUUCGGCCGCUGCAGUGCUGCCGGCGGGCGGCGGGCGUUCAAGGGCGGCGGGGCGGGACCCCGGGCCAUCGCCUCCUGCCUCUCCGCAGCUCCAGCUCGCUAGAGAGGGGCACACACAUGCCCACGUCGCCCACGUUUCUGGAGGGCAACACGAUGGUCUGAGGGGCGAAGUGGGCCACGAGGCCAUGGCAGAGGGCUCCGUGGAGAGACACCGGGUGACCUUGGACAGAGACGUGGGGUUGCCAAGCAAGAUGCCCCCGCUCCA